UGCUGCCCGUACUCAAGAUGGAGGCCCAGGCGGGCGGGGCCGGCGGCUGGGAGGCGGCGCAGAGAAGCGGCGGUAUGGCGGCGGCCAAGGAACCGCGGAGAGGCGAUGGGGACGAGGACGAAGAGGAGGCCGAGCAGUUGGUUCUGGUGGAAUUAUCAGGAAUUAUUGAUUCAGACUUUCUCUCGAAAGUUGAACAUAAAUGCAAGAUUUUGGGAAUUAAUACUGAGAGGCCCAUUCUGCAGGUGGACGGCUAUGUCUUUGCUGGGGAAUAUGAAGACACCCUUGGGACCUGUGUUAUAUUUGAAGAAAAUGUUGAACAUGUAGAUGCAGAAGGCAAUAAUAAAACAGUGCUAAAAUAUAAAUGCCACACAAUGAAGAAGCUCAGCAUGACAAGAACUCUUCUGACAGAAAAGAAGGAAGGAGAAGAACACAAAGGUGGUGUGGAGUGGCUACAAAUCAAGGAGAAUGUUUACUCAUGUAGACCCAACAUGAUUUGUAAUUUUCUGCAUGAUAAUGAAGAUGAGGAAGUUGUAGCUCCAGACCCAGAUAAACCUUUGGAGUUGGAAGAACAAGAGAUUCAAAUGAAAGAUAAUUCAAACCUGAGUUAUGAACACGGGGACCCACCGAACUUGGAAAUAGAGGAUUCUGGUGCUCUUAUUGAUAUACCCUCUGAGACAGAAGGCUCUGUUUUUAUCGAAACUCAAGAUACAGCCUUAGAAAUGACUCCUAGGUGAAAUGUUUCUCAUAAUAACUAGUCGCGAACUUUUUAGGGGUUUUAUAUAAUAGGCUUUGUAGCUUUCAGCUGUUCACAAUUUUAUUAUUUCUGUUGGCAAUACACACAUUUCCAAUUAUAGCAUAGUUUAAUCUAUUAGAAUUUAGGGACCAGAUAUGAGUUUUAAAAAAAUACGGUGUAAAUGAUUAUAGGGACCCUUCUGUGACGAGUCCUUUAAAUUGGAGGUUUAACUAAGGUGAGUGUGUAAGUUUCUGUUGAAACCAUCACAAAUUACCACAGACUUAGUGGCUUAAAACUACAUAAGUGUAUUGUCUUACAGUUUUGCAGGUCAGCUGUCUAACAUGGGUUUCACCUGUCUCACCUUGAUGGGCUAAAAUCAAGGUUAUUUGCAGGAUUUCCUUUUCUGGAGGCUGGAGGUCGAGUAGGGGACUCCCAUUUCCUUGCUCAUUCAGUUGUCAGAAUUCGGUUCUUUGCAGUGGAAGAAUCAAGGUCCCACAUCCUUGCUGUUGGCUGAGAGCCAUUCCUCGACUUCGAGAGGUGGCCUGCCAUCCUUGACUUGUGGUCCCCUUCUCUUCAAAACCAGCAAUGGUCAAGUCCCUCUCACUCUUUGAAUCUCUUCUGCUUCUUCCAUCAUCCUCUCGUGAAUGGACCCUUCUACCUACUUGUAAAGGUCCAUUUGAUUACAUAGGGCACAUGUGGAUAACUUCUGUAUUUUAAGGUUUAUAACCUUAAUUCCAUCUGUAAAGUCCCUUUUGCCAUGUAAUUUAAACAGGCAUAAAACUGAGAAUUAUGGCAUGAAAAUCUUGGGGGCCCAUUUUCCAGUCUACCAAAGUCAGUGUUACUUCUGAGAACAGAAAAAAUUCAGACAUGCUUAAGGAUAAAAGUGGAAUUCCUAAUAUUCCAGCUCUAAUUUCACUCCUUUCCCACGGAAGAAAGAUUAUUGGAAUUCAGCUGUAAGUAACAGUUAUUCUAUUAUUAAGUAAAUUACAAACUUUGAUACACGUUGAACUGUAUGAAAUUGCCCUAUUUGUUUCUGACUGCAAAACCCAGCAAUUGCAUAUGAUUUCACCUGGUUCUAAUUAGUUAAAACACACCUCACAUUAAUUGUGUCUGACAAGUGUUGCAGAUGUAACUUUGUUAUGACAGAGGAUUAAUGUUCUAAGAUGAGGAAUUUUUUCCUUCAGUAAAUUUUGUAACUUUUUCCUAUUUCAUUGGAAAAUAACUUACCCUGAUUAAAACUAUUUCUAAAUCAUAA